UGCGUGAACAUUGCUGUUUCAGGGGGACACCGACUGCAAUUACUAGCACACACACACACACCCUCACCAGGGAUGCAUCCCCGCGGAAACGAGAUUAAAAACUCCCUGUUUAAGUCGCACCGACUUUAGAAUGGUGCAUAAAAAUGUAAACGGUGGGGUUUGCCCAACUCAAGCCGGAGAAAAGAAGAACAAAGUCGGCUUUGUAGGAUUGGACCCAGGGGCUCCUGAAUCAAGCAGGGACGGGGUGCAGCUGAUUGCGGGAUCGGAAAACACAAAACGGACCAGUAUCCUAUGCAGACGGAGAUCCAGCGCUGUAAGGGGUGGGAGAACGCCCAAGAAAAAUCCCAGCUAUAGGAAACUACAGAAUUUUCUUUAUAAUGCACUUGAGAGACCGCGGGGAUGGGCGUUUAUCUACCACGCUUAUGUCUUCCUGCUGGUGUUUUCUUGCCUCAUCCUCUCUGUUUUUGCUACAAUCAACGAGUUCAAGGACAGCUCAGAGACUGCUUUGUACAUUCUGGAAAUAGUGACAAUUGUGGUGUUUGGUGUGGAGUACAUCGUGAGGAUCUGGGCUGCAGGUUGCUGCUGUCGCUACAGAGGAUGGAGGGGGAGGCUUAAAUUUGCCCGCAAACCUUUCUGUGUCAUUGACAUCAUGGUUCUGAUAGCGUCCGUGUCGGUGCUGGCUGCUGGAUCACAGGGGAAUGUCUUUGCCACCUCAGCCAUACGCAGUCUCCGCUUCCUGCAGAUCCUUCGCAUGCUGCGCAUGGACAGGCGUGGGGGCACGUGGAAACUGCUAGGAUCAGUGGUCUAUGCUCACAGCAAGGAGCUUAUCACUGCUUGGUACAUAGGCUUUCUCUGUCUCAUCCUGGCUAGUUUCCUGGUGUACUCGGUGGAGAAAGACAACAACGAGAUGUUCGAGACUUAUGCUGAUGCUCUGUGGUGGGGGCUGAUCACCCUGACUACCAUAGGUUAUGGUGAUAAGUUUCCUAAGACCUGGAAUGGACGUCUCCUGGCUGCAACAUUCAGUAUGAUAGGAGUGGCUUUCUUUGCACUCCCAGCUGGUAUCCUUGGGUCUGGCUUUGCCCUGAAAGUCCAGGAGCAACACAGACAGAAGCAUUUUGAGAAGCGACGCCAACCUGCAGCUGGUCUGAUCCAGAAUGCUUGGCGAUUUUAUGCGACAAAUCUUGCUCGGACUGAUCUGCUGUCAACGUGGGAUUUUUAUGAGGAGAAUGUUUCCCUCCCAAUGUACAGACUCAUACCUCCCCUGAAUCAACUGGACCUCUUGAGGAAUCUGAAGGCCAAAUCUUUCAGCAGGAAGAACUCACAGACAGAAGCAUCCCCCAGUAUUGACCAUUCACACAAAGACGACUUGCUUUGUGGGUGCUUCCCGAGAACCUAUAGCCGGAAACCAAGCCUUAAGGACAAGGCGUAUCCUAGUCCCUCUAAGGCGGCUGGGGCAAGAGGGAAGGCCCUGUCCCCUGGGCCUGAAGAUGGGGCAGAGGGAGUCCCAAGCUGGAGCUUCACCGACAGGGCCCAAGGGGCCAUGCAUGCUUUCCGAGCCAGGGGCAGCACUGCGCGCCAAAACUCAGAUGUGCUGAUUGAAAUGCAGGAAGAAGACUUUGGAUUGAAGAGUUCUCCAGCAAUUGAGGGCUUAAUAAAGGCUUGCCUCCCAGGGGAAGACAUUGGGGACGAUAAGAGCUGCCACUGUGAAUUCCUUCAAGAUUUAUCUCCUGGGUUGAAGGUCACAAUCAGGGCAAUAAUCAUCAUGAGGUUUCUGGUGUCAAAGAGGAGGUUUAAGGAGAGUCUACGGCCAUAUGACGUCAUGGAUGUGAUCGAGCAGUACUCUGCAGGCCACUUGGACAUGCUCAGUCGGAUUAAGCAACUACAGUCCAGAGUGGACCAGAUUGUUGGUAAAGGUCCUCCGGAAAAAGGUGCCAAAAGUGUCGGUGAUGGGGAGAAAGAGGAUGACGACCCAAGCAUGAUGGGACGUCUGGUGAAAGUAGAGAAACGGGUGGGCUCCAUGGACAGGAAGCUAGAUUUCCUGGUCAACAUGUACGUGCAGCGCAUGGGGAUUCCACGCUCUGAGACAGAGGCCUUUUUUAAUUCCAAGGAGGUCUACCCAGCACCCCCGUACGUCAGCCCAGAAGAGAGCAAGGAGGAAAAGGAAAAGCUGGAGGUGGAAAAGAAUGUGAAAGAGGAGAAGGAGGAGAAGAGCUGCUCUGCCGCUGAGAUCCUCCGCUCCACAGGAUCCUCUGAGAAGAAGAAGUCGUCCCCCGAACAAAGGUCUUUGGGGACACCGUCCGGCAGCCGCAGCCGCCCCUGUACCUCCUGGGAGCACCAGUUGCAGCAUCCCCUUAGCCAGCCGGCCUGGAACAGCAGCGUGGCCAACACCCCGUCGCCGGUCGGUGGGGGCAGCGGGGAGCACUCCCCGUCCUUGUUCCGCCUACCACCACCUCCUCCGCCUAUCCACGAGCGCUCCGCCUCCGUGACGGGCGAGGGCAGCAGCCGGGAGGGCUCGUUCCAGGGCAGGAAGCGUAACAGGAGGCAGAGGCGUCAGCUGGACGUCGCCCCACCACCCGCGGCAGACAGCGACACGUCUCUGUCCAUCCCAUCGGUGGACCAUGAGGAGCUGGAGCGCUCCUUUAGCGGGUUCAGCAUCUCCCAGGCCAAGGAGGACUUCUUUGGGGCAUCAUUCUUCAGCGGGGUGGCAGGGGCGGUAGCAGACACCGGGGCAGGGGCAUCUCUCUGUGCCAGGGUAAGACCCUUCAUUGCUGAGGGCGAAUCGGACACAGACUCUGACCUGUACACCCCCGGCGCCCCUUCGCCCCUUUCCUUCAGCGGUGAGGGGGCGGGGGGGUAUGGAGACAGAGUCUGGCCGCCCCUCAAGUAAGCUAGGUUUGGAAGAACUGGCCUUUAGUAUGAUCUGGGAUAAGAUUAAGGUAUACAGUGAUCAAUUAGAUGUUGCGUGGUCAAGCUGAGACACAGUUACAAAUUAUAGGCACAUUCUUUUGCCCAGGCACUGCUGAACAGGUUUUUAUUUACAUAGGCGUUUUCCAUUUCAACGAAUGAGGUCAUAUGUAAUAAUUUUGUAAUCUCAAACAAUGACACAGUCAAUGAUAUGGCACGCAACCAUUGGUUGACGCAUGGAAUGUCUGAGCAGUGGAACACAACCUACGUGAAUUGCUUUUCACUGAUACGUUCACAAACAAAAGAAAGGUCUAGUUGAAUCUUGUAUGAUUAUGUGUAGGACAUUAAGGCAUUCCCCAAGUUUUUUGGGGGGGAUGAGUGUCCAAUCACCUGAAUGUUAAAUUAGAGGAUUUUCAUUUUAACUGAAGUAUAUAAUUCUCCUGCUUUCUGAACACUCACAGUAUUUUCUCUGGACCCAAAAAAUAUUGGACCUACUGAUUUGUGAAUAUAAUAGUCCAAUAGUCCUUACGAUAAGCCUUUAAAAACAAUCACUGCCUUUAUUACCACAUGACACAAUGCAUUCAUUUAAAAUUGAGUCUUUUUGUUUGGAUGCUAAACAAUUCUAAAGGCCAAACUAUAACAUGUUGAUGUGUUGUGUGCUGUAGUUUAUGUAGGCUACCGUUAGUCCUUGACAGAAAACAUUAUUGCAAAAAUGAAAAUAGAGGAGAACAGUUGCAGCCGUUCCACCCUCCUGAAGCAUAUGGUCUAAACCAAAGAGUUGACUCCAGGAAAAGCAUGCCUUAACGAGUUCUGUGAAGAAAAAAAUAAGCAUAGUUCUACAAUUUUUUUUGUAAAUUAUGUGAAAGAUUUGACUUUCAUCAUCAAGAUUAAAGAAGUUUGAUGACCAUAUUUCAGAGUAGUUGUAAAACUAAGAAAACGGAUACUAGGUAUGCUUUCUACUGUUUUAGUUUUUCAGCAACACUAUCUUACACUGGUUUCUGUUAAAUAGUUAACUUUGACAAACCACUUAACUGCAUGGCAUGUACAUUUGAAUAACUGCUGUAGGUAGAAAAAAGGUGUGACGGUGGCAAGUAUGUCCUAAACUAAUAGACAUUCCUUAAGCAUUGUCCUUUACAGAUGAUUAACAAGAUUAACUAAGAGGGAACAACAGGAAAAUAAAACCAAGAAACAAUGCAUGACUCACUUCAAAUUAAAUAUCCUCACCUUAAAGUUUGGGUCUAGGAGCUCUGAACAUUUCUAUAAAUGCAGUCUUGCUUGCAAGUUUUCAUAAUUUUUCAUGGGGUUUAUCAGAAUUCUGAUAAUAUGCACAAACAACUAGUUAUAAGUUAAUAAGCACUGAAUGAUAAAGAAAAACAUGCAUUUGAAUGUAACCCCAAUGCACCUUAACUCUCACCUUUACUAUUUGUUGUUCUUAUUUUUUGUGUGUAUAGUUAAAAUGAAGACAGCAAAAGUAUUAGUUGGUUUAGUAGCAUCAGAAGUCCAUCAUGAAGCCUUAACUAAUUUUCUGGGACAUAAGUAUUAUUACUGGUGUCAGAAUCACCCAUUUUGUAUUUUUUGUUGAUGCCAUUACAUCAUCGAAGAUCCAGAAGGUACUAAGCACUGUUCACAACAAAAAAUUCUAUAUUAAUUGUCGAAAUACAUGUUUCCCAGCAUGUUUUGUACAACCCAAUGAAAUUACCACAGCUUUUACAUUGGUAAUAUCUGUAGCUACUGUAUGUAUCUGCAUUCACAUUCUUCCUCAAAGACAAAGAAAAAAUAAACUUUGUACAUCACUGGGAUUGAGUUGAUGUUUAUUUUAUGGUCAAUUAAUAUAGAUAACCACUAAUUUCAGCUAAGGAAUAUAAAAAUAAACACCAAAUUCUGCUCGGUUUCAUUAUUGCUUCACCUGUUAGUGAAACAAAAUGGUAUCGUAUUUCAGAUGACUGCAGAAAAGCAGAACCAGCAUAGUGUAGUAAAAAAGUAAUCUCAAUAGAGGGUGGUAAAGACCACUUUUCCA